AUGCCAUCUCCGAAAUUGUUCCUCGUGACAAUUCUUUCCGCCUUGAAAGUCUUUGGUGCCCCAACUUCAAGCUCAAACACAGGGCUCCUGGUUCAAACAACCAGCGGAUCAAUUGAAGGCUUCUUCAACGCCUCUACCCCUGAUGUCCGACAAUUUCUCGGCGUUCCUUUUGCAGAACCUCCUGUUGGAGAUCUCCGCUUCGCCCGUCCACAGGCAUUCAAGUCCAAGAGAACUUUGAAAGCACACAAACUUCCAAACUCUUGCAUGCAGCAGUUCAGCUUAAAUAGCUCGACGAUUUAUACCACCUACGAGACCGAGUUCCUGGUAAAUGGAGGGAACUCGGAGGAUUGUCUUUAUCUCUCUAUUUGGGCACCUCGCGUCGAGAAUAUUCAAUCCCAGCAACGUCCGUUGCCGGUUCUUCUUUACAUUCCUGGUGGUGGGUUCACCAGCGGAGGUGAGAAUUCUCUAUAUAAGAUUCCGGAUCAAUGGGUCCAGCGGACACAGUCACACAUUGUUAUUGUCAUGAACUACCGUGUCAAUAUCUUCGGCUUCCCCAAUGCCAAAGGACUGGAAGAUCAAAAUCUUGGAUUCCUGGACCAAAGACUUGCCGUUGAAUGGGUCCACGCCAACGUGGGAAACUUCGGUGGUGAUCCCGAAAGAAUCACCCUUUGGGGCCAGUCAGCCGGUGCAGCUAGCGUCAGCGUCUACCCCUACGGAUACCCCGAGAAUCCCCUUGUAGCGGGACUCAUUGCUGACUCGGGCGGCCCGAGCAUCAUCACCAACACAGAUACAGCGCAUACCAAUUUCACCUUCAUCGCUGGACUGGUAGGCUGCGAUAACCUCAGUUCUGACAAGGAGCUUAGCUGUGUGCGAAAGGUACCCGCACAGACUCUGGAAAAUGCCUUAUCAUACUACAGUGGCAAUGGAACUAAGCCUUCAGUUUCUUUUACGCCGGUCGUGGAUAAUAAGACCUCUUUUGCGAAUUUCACACAACGGGUCUUGGAUGGGAAGAUUUCGAAGACGCCUAUGAUUAUUGGUAGUAAUGCAAAUGAAGGAGCGGGUUUCGUCUCAUUCACGCCUAAUGGACCUGGAGCCAGCGCUCUCGCGUCCGCAACGAAGAUAAUCUCAUGUCCCGUUGCCGAAGAAGUUAGGAAUCGGAACCUGGGAGAUUUACCAACAUAUCGUUACCAGUAUGCUGGGAACUUCUCGAAUAUCUCUCCCUUGACUUGGUUCGGUGCGUACCACAGCUCAGAGCUACCGCUGAUUUUUGGGACACAUGACGAAUACCGCGCUCGUUCCACUGAAUUUGAGUGGGAGGUUAGCUAUGCGAUGGAGGCACUGUGGCUUUCUUUCGCUGAGGAUCCUGUUCGAGGGCCUGCUCGUGUUGCGAUUGGGGACGCGCUGGAUAAUCCUAAUCAGCAGAGUUACUUUUCCUGGCCGAAAUUUCGGCAGGGUGGGGAAGAUAUGCUACUUCUUGCUCAGGACGAGAAGUUGAUGCAGCUUGUUUCUUCGGAUAGCAUUGAUGAUUCUUGUUAA